GGGAAUCUGUAUAACCUUAAAAUAUCACUCAAAACAAGUAAACGAUGUCGAUUCACGUAGAAAAUACAUUACAAAAAACAAAUAAAGAAGCUUUCGAGCAGCGUGCACACUACGUGCCGUGUAAAGUGGAAGAAGACGGUCCUGCUAAUGUGGAGAAAUAUUUCGAGCCGUAUGUCGUUGAGGAAGAUGGAGAAAUAACGGCAUCCUUCCGGGGGCACUCUCUAGAUGGCACUAAGAUGAGUUUCCCUGAGGGCUACCGAGCUGUUGUGGCCACUGAGGCCAAGAGACCACUCUCGGAAGAUGCUGAUCGCAAAUUCCAUGUAGUAGGAGGCUUCAAAGACUUCAUAUACUGGAACUGGGACAAGAAACCGUCUAAGAAUGACAACAUGGUCAAAGCACUGGAUUGGAUAGACAUUGCUGAUGCGAUCCACGGAGAUUGAUCUUCGAAUAGACUUUAGGAGUAAUGGUGAAAGAUGUCCAGCACAUCCAGCAACACCUCACUAACUUCAACAAUUUUGCUUUUUCAAGCUUUCCUCAUGGACCAACUACGUAUGCACAACUAUAGUCCGUUUUUUAGGGUUCCGUACCCAAAGGGUAAAACAGGACCCUAUUACUAAGACUUCGCUGUCCGUCCGUCCGUCUGUCUGUCACCAGGCUGUAUCUCACGAACCGUGAUAGCUAGACAGUUGAAAUGUUCACAGAUGUAUUUCUGUUGCCGCUAUAACAACAAAUACUAAAAACAGAAUAAAAUAAAUAGUUAAGUGGGGCUCCCAUACAACAAACGUGAUUUUUGACCAAAGUUAAGCAACGUCGGGCGUGGUCAGUACUUGGAUGGGUGGCCGUAUUUUUUUCUUUUUUUUCCGUUUUUAUUUGCAUUAUGGUACGGAACCCUUCGUGCGCGAGUCCGACUCGCACUUGCCCGGUUUUUUUGCAUUAGAAAUAAGGUAAACAAUCUUGAUGUGUCUUUUAAACGAAAAACACGUUUUAUAAAUAAAUUACGGCAAAUAUGUAACAAUUAUGAAUCUAAUACGAUCAUUUAUAUUCUUUUGCUUUCAUAAGUAAUAGUUAUUGAUUUUUAAAAAGUUUUUCAAUUAAAAGACAUGUCAAGAUCGCUUACCUUCUUGAAAGUUCUUUCUAAUGCUAAAAAAAACGAACUACAGUUGUGCCAUAAGGAAUUUAUUUCUAAUUACACAAACGGGUCUACCGCGAUAUAAUUAGCGAUGUGACGAGUCCACUUUUUCUCAACUCGAAUCGAUUCGGCCAUUGAUCCGAGUUGAAAUUCGAACUGACUCGACUCGACGGUUUGCGUGGUUGCGAGGUCACGGGCCGCGGAGCCGCACACGAGUCAAGCGGCAGUUGUUGUAAAAAGAACCUUCGGGGUACCGAAUUAAGGUUUAUUUUUCAAUGGCUAUACUAGCAGUGAACUCGACUCGGGAUGGCGAAUCAAGCGGCAGUUGUUGUAAAAAGAACCUUCGGGCUACGGAAUUAAGGUUUAUUUUUGAAUGGUCAUAGUACCAGUCAACUCGGAUUGAGACAGCGAAUCAAGCGGCAGUUGUUGUAAAAAGAACCUUCGGGCUAUCGAAUUAAGGUUUAUUUUUGAAUGGCCUUAGCGUAGCGUUGACUCGGCUCGGAGAGUUGGCGAAUUGGCGAUUCAUGCGGAUCGGAUACCAAGUUACCAGUCAGUUUUGAUUCGGAUUGCCAAUAGUCUUGAUUCGAAUCAACUCAUCUGUAGGUUGAUUCGAAUCAGAUAACUCGACUCGCCCAUCGCUAGAUAUAAUUUCAUUGUUUUUACCUUUAAUUCCGAUUUAAUUUAGUGUAAUUAAAUAUGUGUACAAAACGCGAGA